CUGUCAUUUAUCAUCUUUAUCUGCUAUAUUGCAUCUCUAGCUGCCUCUUUCAUGAUGGCACCACUCCUAGAGUUUCUGCUGGCAUUGUUUCUUUUUUUUGCCUAUGCCUCCAAACUUAAUGAGAAGUUUAAAGGACUCUACUGGCAUUUGACGGAUUUCUUGCGGUGCGUCACUGCUGCCAUUAUUUACUUUGCCAUUUCAAUUGCGGCUGUCUCAAAAUACAACGAUGGAGCAUCUAAAGCAGCAGGAGUGUUUGGAUUUAUAGCCACAAUAGUGUACGCCAUUGAUUUCUACACAACCUUCAAUGACCUGGUUACUUUUCUCAAGCAAGGCACUUCUGAUUCCCCUGAAGGGCGCAAGUCAGAAGAUGAGGACUCCGAUUCAGACUCUGACUGAAGAACUGAACACCAACCAAGUGUGAAGGAAAAAUGAUCAAGCACUUUCCUCUUUGCUGAAUGCACUGCCAAGUGAAAUAUCUCCCUUAUUUCAGCUUCUGUAUCCUCUUUCAUCUCACUGUUUAUGGAAUCACCGAAGCACAGGCAGGGCAGUGAUGUGGAAAGGAGACUAUUCCCAAUGCCAUUAGACAGUCUUUC